AUGAUUGUCAAAAUUUGCAGUGAUGAAGACAUUCUUAAGAGACUCGGUGAUCUAGUGAAUGAUAGUCAUUAUAGCUGCAGUGCUCUGUAUGAGUGCAGUUGCUCGGAGUUGGAAGAGCUUGUGAAAGUUUGUCGAGACAAUGGAGCACUUGGAGCGAGACUUAUGGGUGCUGGAUGGGGUGGUUGUACAGUUGCUUUAGUUAAAGAAAGUAUCAUCCCUCAGUUCAUUCUCAAUUUAAAGGAGUCAUUCUACCAGUCUUGGAUUGAGAAGGGUAUCAUCAACAAGAAUGAUCUCGGUCUUUAUGUCUUUUCCUCCAAGCCUUCAAGCGGCGCUAUAAUAUUCAAGCUUUAA